UAAACGUCUCCGCGGCCGAGUUUUAGAACGAGGAUCUGCGUUAAUGUCGUGCUCUAAUACUGCGUGAGAAGUAAUAAUCUCUCCUAUUGUGAACUUUUCUAUAUAAAGACGUUAAAACAAGAUAAAAAGUUGAUUAUCUUUGGAAUAAAAAAAAUAUUUACAUGGAUGAAUGGUAGUUUAUGAUUUGUUAUUACUUGGGAUCUAUGAAUGAAACAAUAUGAUAUGUUAUACCCUCGUAGAUCCCACUGAUUCAAUUGAUAUCACGAACGAAAGAGAUCGGAACCUGCCUCAGGAAAAAAAAAAAAAAAAAAAAGCAAUCUUUUUUUUGGUAAAAAAAUCAAUCUUGGUACGCAUAUUUUCAAACUUUCUAUUUUGGGUAAUUGGUUUAAUUAAUUCAUUCGAAACAGCCAACAUAAAAAGAACCAAUGUCGGGACAAAAUGUCCACAAAGACCCUGUUGUAAUAACUUCCAUAUCUAAUCGUCACCUAUGAUUGGGGAUCUGAUAUAAUUACACAUAAGUCAAAUCGUCACAGUUUUGGUAGUAAAUCGAAGCGCUCAUUUGUGUAAUAAAGUUGUACGUUAUUAUGUUUCUAGAAAAAAUAUAAGAAAUCUUCUCAAUUCUUUCUGUCUCUCUCUCUCUCUCUCUAAACUCUUCAGACCCAAAAAAAGACAAGGAAUAAUAAAAUGUCUCAAAUGGACAUUUCUACGAGAACUGAGGAAGGAGGAUGGAGAAGCAAGCCUUCGUUUAUGACGUGGAGAGCGCGCGACGUUGUCUACGUGAUGAGACACCAUUGGAUACCGUGUCUGUUCGCGGCCGGAUUCUUGUUCGUCGUAAGCGUGGAGUCCUCGAUCAAGAUGGUUUCCGAGAGUUCUCCACCGUUCGAUAUUGGGUUUGUGGCCACGGAGUCUCUGCAUCAUAUCUUGGCUUCUUCACCGGAUCUGAACACCGGUUUGGCCGCUCUAAACUCGGUGUUAGGAGUGAUGCAAGUAUCGUAUAUUGCAUGGACAUGGUUAAUAGAAGGACGGCCCCGAGCCACCAUCACGGCUUUAUUCCUCUUCACUUGUCGCGGUGUUCUCGGUUACUGUACUCAGCUCCCUCUUUCAAAGGAGUAUCUAGGAUCAGCAAUCGAUUUCCCGCUAGGAAAUCUCUCGUUCUUCUAUUUUUUCUCGGGUCACGUGGCAGGCGCGACCAUCGCAUCUUUGGACAUGAGGAGGAUGCAGAGGUUGAGAUUUGCGAUGGUUUUUGACAUCCUCAAUGUAUUACAGUCGAUCAGGCUGCUUGCGACGAGAGGACACUACACGAUCGAUCUCGCAGGUGGAGUUGCCGCUGCGAUUCUCUUUGACUCAUUGGCCGGAAAGUACGAAGCUAAUACAAGAAAGAGGCAAUUGUAGGAACAGGUUUCAGCUUGAUUACCAAAAGACUUCAAAGAUUUCAUUCAACAUGUUUAGUUGCUGUUGAAUUCUACUGUGGUUCGGCAAUUAUUCUCCCCAUGAGCCAGUGGCUUGGACUUCUUCGACCCUAAUGUUCAUGGUCAGACUGUAUAUGUUGUUUAUUUCUCAUUUUUUCAUUCGACUCCGCAAUUUGUGAUAUGGGUUUGGUUAACACUAGUUGGUUCAAUUGUUUUCAAUUGGUUUUACUCUGAAA